CCUUACUGGACCGGCCCUCAUUCCCAAAAUUGCCCCCUCCCCCUCUUCGGCUCUCUCUAUCACUCUCUCUCUGUCUCUCUGUGCGCAGCCGAACCCACAACCUGUCUCUGUUCUGUAGCUGUCUCUCUCUCUCUCUCUCUCACUCUCUCCGUGCGCUGCCAUCACCAUCUUCGUUCAGUUCAGUUUGAAUUCCAAGAGAAAAAAAAAAUGAUAAAGAGGCAGUUCUACCAUAUAGAACAUGCCAAUAAAGAUGAUGCCUCAGAUUCAUCUUCGUCUUCUGACUCCGAAGUAGAAGCAGAAGAAAUAGAAGAAUCAGAAGAUGAUGCAGUUCCAGAAGUGCAAGAGAAUAAUGAAUGUUGCUCUACCUCAUCUGGUUUGUUCAUUCUUAUUUCAUUCUCUCUCUCUCUCUCUUGACAUCAACUGGUUCUUGGUAUCUGCUAGAGUGCUCACAAGUUAUGAGAGUGAGGAUAGCUCGGCAAAUGAGGUUGAUCUUGAAUCAUCAGGUCUACCAAUAAGUGAUGAUAAUGCUGAAACUGGAAAUGAAAAACAAAUCCAUACUGACAGUCAGUUGUCUGGUAAACGUGAUUAUGAAGAACUGAAGAUACAGUCUAAUAUCAUGGCUCAAAAGGAAUCAAUACCGGAAGAUAUUCCAGACUGUAUAUUAAAAUGCAAAUCGGUUUUUAAGUGCAGGAUAUGUCCUAGAAUUAUCUGUUUGAACGAGGAGACACUGAGGGCUCAUCUCGAGUCCAAGAGACAUGCUCGAUCUGAGAAAUUAUUAAAUGAAGGUAGGCUGAAGGCCAUGCUCAACAGUGAUGGGGAGAUUGAGAACCAAGAGACUGCUGCAGAGAUGAAUGCUCGAAUUUUAGCUAUUCCAUUGGGUAGUAAAAAAAGGAAAAACAGAAGAAGGCAUGGUGAGAAAAAGAAAAAAACAAAGUUACAGAAAACCGGAGAUGAAGAGAAAAUCAGCAGAGCAAAGCGAUCGGCAAAAAGCCCAGCCAAGAAAAGGCGUAAAAAUGAGAACUGAAGAAUGUUACGUUUUUUUUUUCCUUUACUUUACUGCUAGUGAAUAUACGGCAGCAAGAAUUGAAUCAAAGGAUUUGACCAUUUCUGCAGAGCUACUAACAUUUGGCAUCCUGUGUAAGGCAUUGCUUGGUUUGAUAAAUUCCAAAAUGAUCACUUAACACUAGUUGCUUCCUUUUCUUUUCUUUUUUCCUUUCCAUUCACUCUCCUUCCAGGUUGGGGUGUGUUUCAUCUGGAACUGUAUGCUGCUCUCUACUUUGUAGAAGGCAAUGCAUUGGAUUUUUGGUUUUUAGCACCGUGUGUAAGACAUUGGUUGGUUUGAUAAAUUCCAAAAUUCUGUUAUUCCUGAAAA